AUGGGGACUCUUCCGCAGAACCUCCCAUUCACUGUUCUCUCCAUAUUCUUCCUCCUCUGCUACUCGACCUCCACCGGCCGCAGCAACCCGCUGUGCGUGCCGGAGCCUCAGGUUGCGGUGGCUCCCCUCGACGUGGACCUUCUCCAGUUCGCUCUCAACUUGGAGCACCUGGAAGCGGACUUCUUCCUGCACUCGGCGCUGGGCCAAGGACUCGAUGCCAUCGCACCGGAGCUGGUCAUGGGUGGGCCUCCCCCCAUCGGGGCGCGCAGGGCCAAUCUCGACGGCCUCACUCGGGCCAUCAUCACCGAGUUCGGGUUCGAGGAAGUGGGUCACUUGAGGUGGGUCGUCUUCUUCCUCCUGCAACCCUAACCCUAACACUCCGCUGACACCUCUCUCGCCUUUACUACCAGGGCCAUCAAGUCCACCGUCGGCGGCUUACCCCGGCCGCUGCUGGAUCUGAGCCCACACAACUUCGCCGAGAUCUUUAACCAGGCUCUGGGGUACCCUCUGGAGCCGCCAUUCGAUCCUUACGCCAACACCAUCAACUACCUCCUGGCCUCCUACGUGAUCCCCUACAUGGGCCUCGUCGGCUAUGUUGGGGCUAACCCGAUCAUCAGCGGCUUCGUUUCCAGGAGAGUAAGAGCUACCCUUCCGAACCCAUCUCCUCCUCCCUCUGGUUUUCCGAUCUCUGAACUCGACUAAGCGGGGGCGCAACCAUCGCAGCUGCUCGCCGGGCUUCUGGGGGUGGAAGCGGGGCAGGACGCAGUCAUCAGGAGAAUGCUUUUCGGGCGCGCCGGCGAGGUCGUCCACCCUUACAACCGUACGGUGGCGGAGUUCACCGCCGGCGUGUCGGCGCUGAGGAACCGGCUGGCCAAGUGCGGCGUCAAGGACGAGGGCGUCAUCGUGCCGCCGAAGUUCGGCGCCGAGGGCAGGACCAGCAGCAAUGUCCUCUCCGCCGACGGCGAGUCGCUCUCGUAUGCGCGUUCUCCGGUGGAGAUUCUCAGCGUUGUGUACGGCACCGGCGACGAGCACCGGACGGGGGGCUUCCUUCCGGCCGGCGGCGUCGGGAGGAUCGCCCAACGCUGCCUCAGUUCUCCAUGA